CCACUCACACACUCCUAUCUCCGUCAACCUCCUGCUCCUGUGGCUGUAACCGUGGUCCGUCUCCUGCACUCCCGUCACAGCAUGCAGCUCCUGGUGGUGUUAGCAACUCUCAUGGGGGUUCUGUUCAGCGUUAGAGCAGCCGCCGUGCUUCCCAUGGAGGAGAGGAGCUCCAUCCACAUGAACAGGGAGCUGAGCAAAGAGCGCAAGGAGCUGAUCCUGAAGCUGGUGUCGGGCUUGUUAGAUGGAGCCCUGGACGGCAACAUGCUGCCGGGGGAAGCAGCACCGGUGGAUUUCGAGGAGCCGCUGGAGUCCCGUCUGGAGGAGAGGGCAGUGUACAACCGGCUAUCGCUGCCUCAGCGUGACCGCAAGGCGCCCUGUAAAAACUUCUUCUGGAAAACUUUCACCUCUUGCUAACAGCUCUCUUCUGCCUGCCUCCUGUGCUCCUUUCCCUGCCAGCUCCUCAUGAACUGUAGUAGACCUCAGCUGUACAUAUCAUGCUGUCCGACAUCGAUGGACUCCACUGACACAGUGUGGCACAAUGUGGCACAGUGUGUUUAAAUAUGAAUUAUUUAUGUAUCUUUUUAUGUAUACAAUAUAUGUAUUUAUGUAUGUUGCCGUUUAUGUAAAGGGUCGACAAUAAAGCAUGGAUAACGUAA